AUGACGACGUUCGCGUCGGUCUCAUCCCUGCCAUUGGCCUACACGUCUGGUGACAAGUGCGAUCCUAAUAAUGAGUAUUGCAUUUACGAGAGGUCGUAUUUUGACAAAUCCACCUCAGCCGGUAACCUCGCCUCCGAACAAGUGACCUUUGAGACAUCCGAUGAGGGCACGGUAAAGGUGCAAAUUGAGGUGUUCGGAUGCGGCCACGUAAAUAAAGACGCUACGGAAGGGCAAGAAAGCGGGUUAUUAGGACUAGGCGUUGGUGAUGGUAAUUUGCCAAAUCUGGUUAAACAAUUAGGCUCCAAAUUUUCUUACUGCAUCGGCAACAUAAACGACCCGCAGUAUCAAUACAAUGAACUCAGCUUGGGGAACGGGGCGAUCAUGGAAGGUGAUUCUACGACUUUGGAGACUUACAGGGGUUUAUACUAUUUGGACGUCCAAGGUAUUAGCGUCGGAGAGAAGAAGCUACAGAUCGACCCCUUGGUAUUCAAAAGAGGGCUUAUGGAUCAAGGAGGAGUGAUUAUAGACUCGGGAACCACGCUCGCGCCCCUGAAGGAAGAGGUGUACGUUCCACUGCAAAAUGAGGUUGAGAGUUUGAUGGCAGGAAAGCUGGAGAGGGUGAGUAAUCCCGAGUUCUUUUGCUACGCAGGGUACGUGGAGAGAGAUUUGACGGGAUUUCCGGUCGUCACCUUGCAAUUCUCGGGCGGCGCGCAACUCGGCUUAGACACCAACAGCAUGUUUUUCCAGUUAACGGCGGAUGUCUUGUGCAUGGCCAUCAUUAAAUCAUCACCUGAUAUGAACGGUUUAUCCAUUAUUGGAGUGCUGGCACAACAGUCCUAUAAUAUAGGGUAUGACAUCAAACAGGGCAAGAUUUUCUUCCAAAGGAUUGAGUGCAGUGCUCUCCAAUCACUUGUAUGA